GGGAGUUGUUUACUGGCGGGUGUUGUGUGGUGUGUGUGAGGGAGCUCUCGUGCACGCCCACAUAUUACACUCUCCUGCAGCGGUCAUGGAACUAACACACCAGCCCAUUGAUGAUGGAGGAGCGCGUGACAAUUGAAAGCCUCCCAUACGAGGUUCUGGAGAGAAUCCUGACUGACAUUCGUGUGAGUGUUGAAGAUGUUGUGAGCUGUUCGGUGGCGAGCAAGUACCUGUGUGGUGUCUGUCAACGCAACUCUCUCUGGAAAAGAAAGUUUAGUCAGCACUACCCAUAUACUUACCGCUAUAAUGAUGCCUUGUGCAAAGAUAAGAUGGACUGGAAGUCUAAAUAUAGCUCUGUGUAUCGGUGCAAGAAGAAGCUGGUUCAGUGCAUCUUGGCCUUGUCGAGAACAUUUGUGUGGUCAAUGUAUCACGACUACGAGUGGCCGGACAUCCCCAGACGAGCCCUGGCACUCUACGAGACACUCUUCACUGACCACCUCGCCCACGCUAACCUCUACUACAUACUGGAUGAAUGUUAUAACAUAAUGAACAGUGGACCUCGGUGCAUGGACUUAACGUUGAAGUAUUAUGCUGGCAAGUUGUACAGCCACGUAUACGAGCGAUGCGUGAUCACCAGCGAGUGGCAGAAGUUUGUGGGGCAGCCGGAGGAGUGUCUCAAGUACAGGUACGAGGAGGGCAUGUUGUGGGUGGUGGUGAGUCUCCAGCCUAUACGUAGUGAACCCAUCAAUGAUAAGGUCAGCUUUACUUUUGACAAACUAGCAAAUGAAACUCUGAGUUACAUAAAGCAAAUGUUUCCAGAUAAUCCAUUGUGUAAUAAAGUUGAAAACAAGUGUGACGUUUUAUCGGGUAACUUGAGUUACUGGAAAGGUGAACACUGUAGUGAAAUUAUGCAAGCAGUGCAUCAUAUAAUUAAGCAUAAAUAUGGUUUUAAAAUUAACAACAGUUUGUAUGAGAGUGGACCGGACCAUUACUGUGUUGACCAGGUUCUUAUAAACAAAAAGGGAAGCUCAAAACUGCUAUUAGUUAUCGAGUCGUGUGUAGCAAAUCGUCUCGGUGUGCACAUUGAAGUGCACAAGAAUGUAACGGGUCAUGUCUUAGAUACGUGGAAACUCUACUUUGUUGGUCAAGAUGGUGUUAGUGGAUAUUCAAGUGCAUGUGAAAUAUGUAAGAAAGAUCCAUCGUCACUGAGCAUUGUUAUGAAUGACUGGCAAGAGGGCCAGACAGUGGAUGCUCCAGGGAUGUGCCAGGCAAUAAUUCAACAAAUUGUUUUUUUGGCAGAAUGUUGGCUGAAAGGGGAAAGGUGGCAAGCCGGUGAACCUGUUCUUUAUGAUUUACUCGACGAGGAGACGUACAACCAACCAAUCCGUCUGUUAUUCACUGCAUGGCAACAUGUCGAGCAUUGGAAAAUGAGUCGUCUAUAUCACUACAUGCAUCAGCUUCUAAGGAUAAAUGAAAGCCAUCAGACGCUAGGAAAGCUUUUACAUUUGAGUAUCCUGCUACGCAUUAACUCUAAACUUACCCUUGAAAAACUGUUAAAUUUCCGGAGGAGAAUGGGACAACCACCGAACACUAUGCGAGACUUGCUUCGAAUGCUUGCCAGUGUAGACAAGAGAGCACGUACAAGAGUGUCAGAGCUUAAAAAUCUGUUGUCAACAGCAGUUACAAGUUAUUCUAGCUUAAAUCCCCUGGCUAGUGUUCCUUGGCCGCAUGGAUGGCCGGGAGGCGAGAUGGUGCAGAAAAGACGAGUUGAUCGCAAGAGCUGGCAAGUACAAUUUGCAGUAGGAGAAGUUCUUGAACAACGAGGUGGCGACCUUUGUGUAGUGUAUGAUUGGGACUCGAUGUGUGUAGAAAGUGAAGAUACAUUGGUGUUAAUGGGAGAAACAGGACUUGCACAUGGUACUGAUCAACCUUUCUAUAGAGUCCUUACUGAUGGUGGAUCGGCUCGUUAUCUUGCUCAAGAGAAUUUGCGACAUGCAAGACAACCUCAGCACUUGAGAAAUCCCUUGAUUGGCCGCUACUUUACAGCUUUCAUUUAUCCUUUUUACAUACCCAAUCCCCAAAAGGCAUAUGAAUAUCCAGAGGAUGCAAAUAUUCGUGAGCAAAAUGCAUUAACAUUAAAAUUGAAAUUUGCUGUUAAUGAAUAAGCAUGAUACAUAUCCUUGAUGCUGUGCAUCACUACUCAUAAAUGUAUUCACAUUUUAAGCUGAUAUAUGUAUAGUGAAUGUGCAAUCUAUUUUUCGUGCCAAUUACAUGUCAUAUGCACACCAUAUUUGGGCUUAUAUCAUCAAUCAAUAUCAAAUACCUGUACAGUACACUAUUUUAAGUUUAGACAAUUUCAUAUAAGCACUUGUUUGGCACAUAAUGUGUAUAUUAUAUGCCAAAUUGUUAGAAUGAAUCUAAUGUGUAUGGCAUUUUCAGUGAAAAUGUAUUUGUACACAAACUAGCAUUAUUGGUAGCGUAGUUUCAGAAUACUGUACAGUACUCGUAAAUCUCGCAUUCCAUUGUUUUAGACUUUAUUCAAACUCUGUUUUACUUUUCUCUCAUAUUUAUACUGUACUCAAAUAACCGGUGCCUUGUGUAUACGAAUGCAUACUCUACUUCUUUGUUAACCAUCUUUAAUCUCUUAUAUUUAAUGACACCUUUCAGUAUGCCUUUGUAAAAUGAUGAAAGAGUGGUAACAAGAAUUACAAAGAUUGUAUUAUGGUGCUUCAUUUUAUAACUCAUAAAUUUUCAAUAUUGUUCAGUGUAUGUAUAAAGUGUUAUGCAAGUAUGUACAUAUAUAGAAACUAGUUUUGGACCUCCCAGUGUCAGUUUUGAGAAGAACUGGCCAGCUGCAAAAUCAUAAGUUAGUCUUAAUAUAAUUUAUAUAUCAGAAGCUGUAUAAUGUAAGAUUCACAUCUUACUCCUGAAAUAAAGUGAUUUAUAUUAAUA